AUGCAGUUCAAGCUCUCCUGCCUCGUCGCCCUCGCUGCUGCCUCGGCCGUCCAGGUCCAGGCCCAGACUACCUCCGUUGGUGCCCAGCUCUGCACAUCAAUUGGAAUGUGUAUCAAGAGCACGACCACCGGCAACUACUGCUACGACGAUAUCGCGCAGAGUGCCCAGGCCCUGGCCACCACAACCGACCCAACCGCCGCUGCCAAGAUCCUCUGCACCCAGUGCUACCACGAUGUGAUCGUCUGGUUCCAGAACAACCCCACCGCUGGCGGCACUUCCGCAAGCCAGUUCCAGGGCAUCAUUACUCAGGUCAACACGAUCUGCGGCGCCAACUUCCUGAGCGGCAACUCGACUGCCUCCCCCACCACCGGCUCCGCUCCCACCGGCUCCGCUCCCACCGGCUCCGCUCCUGCCAGCUCCCCUACUGCCAAAAGCUCCCCUACUCCCAAAAGCUCGGCCGACACCUCCAAGCUCUCGCUCGGUGCUGUCCUUGUCGGCGGUGUUGCUCUUGCUGCCAUGAUGUUCUAAUCGUCGAUGAAUAUCGAGCCAUCUGCCUCACCCUGUACAUGUUCUAUGAUUGGCAUCGUAAGCCCUCCUAUAUGUCCCAUGUACUUUUAUAUAUCUCCCUGUCAACACACACAGCAGCUAUUGCUUGCCAAUACAUAUGUU